AUGCAGUUCCUCAACAACACCCCUACCUCCAGUCUCUUUACACAGGCAGCACUGGUACGUUCGUUUUGGUAGGUUGUAGACAGGUACACCCCCCUGGACAGGACAGUUGUGCUGUGCUGUAACAUGCCAGGACCAAGGUAAAAAAUAUUCACGUUUCCUCCACAUUAAGUCCAACCUGCCUCCCUCCAGUCCUUUCAUAUACGUGACGUGUGUUUUGAUUUAUCUGUUACAAUGGAACCAAUGGAAUAGAGCAGCGUUCAAGUAUUUGACUGUAUUUAACAUACCAGUAUGUGUCUGUUAUCAGCUCGAUCAGAGAUAAUAUUGACUUUUGUUUUCUGUUUUUCCCGUAAUCUCCCUCAGCUCUACAACCUGACAGAUGAGAUUGGUGUCUAUGAUUAUACGAUCCUACUUCCACACGACGACGCCGUCCGAGAUUACUUGAGCCAGACCAACUCUACACAACUGGUAGGUAGAGAUUACCAACUCUACACAACUGGUAGGUAGAGAUUACCUGAGCCAGACCAACUCUACACAACUGAAUGAAGGAAUAAAUAAAUAAAAUAUUGUGAUCCGUGUUUGGAGGUGAAGUAAAUCACUGGUCUGAAAUCUGUCUUUCCUUCUACUUACUAAAACGACAUAGUGUCUAAUAAUCAUACUGCAUACAACUCUACACAACUGGUAGGUAGAGAUUACCUGAGCCAGACCAACUCUACACAACUGGUAGGUAGAGAUUACCUGAGCCAGACCAACUCUACACAACUGGUAGGUAGAGAUUACCUGAGCCAGUCCAACUCUACACAACUGGUAGGUAGAGAUUACCUGAGCAGUCCAACUCUACACAACUGGUAGGUAGAGAUUACCUGAGCCAGACCAACUCUACACAACUGGUAGGUAGAGAUUACCUGAGCCAGUCCAACUCUACACAACUGGUAGGUAGAGAUUACCUGAGCCAGACCAACUCUACACAACUGGUAGGUAGAGAUUACCUGAGCCAGACCAACUCUACACAACUGGUAGGUAGAGAUUACCUGAGCCAGUCCAACUCUACACAACUGGUAGGUAGAGAUUACCUGAGCCAGUCCAACUCUACACAACUGGUAGGUAGAGAUUACCUGAGCCAGACCAACUCUACACAACUGGUAGGUAGAGAUUACCUGAGCCAGACCAACUCUACACAACUGGUAGGUAGAGAUUACCUGAGCCAGACCAACUCUACACAACUGGUAGGUAGAGAUUACCUGAGCCAGACCAACUCUACACAACUGGUAGGUAGAGAUUACCUGAGCCAGUCCAACUCUACACAACUGGUAGGUAGAGAUUACCUGAGCCAGUCCAACUCUACACAACUGGUAGGUAGAGAUUACCUGAGCCAGUCCAACUCUACACAACUGGUAGGUAGAGAUUACCUGAGCCAGUCCAACUCUACACAACUGGUAGGUAGAGAUUACCUGAGCCAGACCAACUCUACACAACUGGUAGGUAGAGAUUACCUGAGCCAGACCAACUCUACACAACUGGUAGGUAGAGAUUACCUGAGCCAGACCAACUCUACACAACUGAAUGAAGGAAUAAAUAAAUAAAAUAUUGUGAUCCGUGUUUGGAGGUGAAGUAAAUCACUGGUCUGAAAUCUGUCUUUCCUUCUACUUACUAAAACGACAUAGUGUCUAAUAAUCAUACUGCAUACAACUCUACACAACUGGUAGGUAGAGAUUACCUGAGCCAGACCAACUCUACACAACUGGUAGGUAGAGAUUACCUGAGCCAGACCAACUCUACACAACUGGUAGGUAGAGAUUACCUGAGCCAGUCCAACUCUACACAACUGGUAGGUAGAGAUUACCUGAGCAGUCCAACUCUACACAACUGGUAGGUAGAGAUUACCUGAGCCAGACCAACUCUACACAACUGGUAGGUAGAGAUUACCUGAGCCAGUCCAACUCUACACAACUGGUAGGUAGAGAUUACCUGAGCCAGACCAACUCUACACAACUGGUAGGUAGAGAUUACCUGAGCCAGUCCAACUCUACACAACUGGUAGGUAGAGAUUACCUGAGCCAGUCCAACUCUACACAACUGGUAGGUAGAGAUUACCUGAGCCAGUCCAACUCUACACAACUGGUAGGUAGAGAUUACCUGAGCCAGACCAACUCUACACAACUGGUAGGUAGAGAUUACCUGAGCCAGACCAACUCUACACAACUGGUAGGUAGAGAUUACCUGAGCCAGACCAACUCUACACAACUGGUAGGUAGAGAUUACCUGAGCCAGACCAACUCUACACAACUGGUAGGUAGAGAUUACCUGAGCCAGUCCAACUCUACACAACUGGUAGGUAGAGAUUACCUGAGCCAGACCAACUCUACACAACUGGUAGGUAGAGAUUACCUGAGCCAGUCCAACUCUACACAACUGGUAGGUAGAGAUUACCUGAGCCAGACCAACUCUACACAACUGGUAGGUAGAGAUUACCUGAGCCAGACCAACUCUACACAACUGGUAGGUAGAGAUUACCUGAGCCAGACCAACUCUACACAACUGGUAGGUAGAGAUUACCUGAGCCAGACCAACUCUACACAACUGAAUGAAGGAAUAAAUAAAUAAAAUAUUGUGAUCCGUGUUUGGAGGUGAAGUAAAUCACUGGUCUGAAAUCUGUCUUUCCUUCUACUUACUAAAACGACAUAGUGUCUAAUAAUCAUACUGCAUAUCGGCACAGCCAUCCUGAGAAUGAAUCAUCUCAUGUGGAAUUGCGUUGUUUCCCGCCAUUCAUUCAUUUUGGGACAGCGCGUCACCAUUUCUGAAUAUCAGCUGUGGUCAAACACAGGUACAUUAGAAAAAUACUAUUCUCUUCCUCAAAAGUCUGCAUCGAAUUCUACUAGAUGAAAAGCCGAAAUUAGUAUGAUAUCCUGGCCUUUUAAAGCAUACUCGAUUUUCGAAAUUACACAUGCUAUAAAACGUUGUAUCUUCACGUAGCUAAAAUGCCUACCGUUUAGAAGACGGGAAUGGGGAUUCGGAACCGAGCCAUUCAUCCGGUAUUUCAGUCUGUUAUUUUAUUAAUUCAGUGCCCGAUUCUGACCCGAGUUAAGCGCGCGGAAAUGGAAUGCAUUUCUCUUUUUUAAUGUGUAUUCUGACCUUGAAUUUAAGCAUGAUAACAGCACGUUUAUUCACCAGCUAUUCGUUUGGGAUGGAGAUCUAAUAAAUGGAGGUGCUAGCGAUGGGUGGAGAUCUAAUACAUUUUUUAUUUUUUAUUUUAUUUUAUUUCACCUUUAUUUAACCAGGUAAGCCAGUUGAGAACAAGUUCUCAUUUACAACUGUGACCUGGCCAAGAUAAAGCAAAGCAGUGCGAUAAAAACAACAACACAGAGUUACAUAUGGGGUAAAAAAACACAUAAAGUCAAAAAUACAACAGAAAAUAUAUAUACAGUGUGUGCAAAUGGAGGUGUGUCUCCAGAUACGCUGUAUUCUGACCUUGACUUAACUUCCUCGUAAUUCCACCACCUUAUCCGAUAGGAAACCAUGAAUAAGGUCUAGUGAACCUGUCUGUUCCAAGUGGGAAAAGCAUCGACUUAUAUACCGAUUUAUAUCGACCGAUAUAAAUAACACCAUUCUCCAUGUACUAUAAUUUACAACUUGAUAAGAGCUAUUGAUAAGAGCCAGGUAAAUGAGUAAUCCGUUUGGAGAAGGGGAUUGUAAAUAUAAAUGACAAUUUGUUUUAGAUAUAUUUAGAUAUAUUUAUACCUUAUAGUCGCUGGAGACAAAAUGUGAAACCAGUCAUAUGGCAGCAAACUGAAGCAUAUCAACAUAUCAACUUUCCCACAGUGAAGUUUAUGACAUGCUGUGGCAUUAUGCAGAAUUUAAACUGUAAGGCCUUUUAACUUGCAGGGAUGAUCUAAUGUCUUAAUGAUAGGAUAACCAGACUUUCUCUGUCUCCUAUUUCUGUCAUGUUAAAUAUGAAAGACUAUCAGUAUCGACCGUCAGUAGGCCUAAUGACCACAUAUAUUACACUGCCAAUUACUGUUAGUUCCUUCAGUUGCUAUAGCCUACAUUAUCAUUCCAUUUAAUUACACUGUUACAGUGGGGAGAACAAGUAUUUGAUACACUGCCGAUUGUGCAGGUUUUCCUACUUACAAAGCAUGUAGAGGUCUGUCAUUUUUAUCAUAGGUACACUUCAAAUGUGAGAGGCGGAAUCUAAAACAAAAAUCCAGGAAAUCACAUUGUAUGAUUUUUAAGUAAUUCAUUUGCAUUUUAUUGCAUGACAUAAGUAUUUGAUCACCUACCAACCGGUAAGAAUUCCGUCUCUCACAGACCUGUUCGUUUUUCUUUAAGAAGCCCUCCUGUUCUCCACUCAUUACCUGUAUUAACUGCACCUGUUUGAACUCGUUACCUGUAUAAAAGACACCUGUCCACACACUCAAAUCAAACAGACUCCAACCUCUCCACAAUGGCCAAGACCAGAGAGCUGUGUAAGGACACCAGGGAUAAAAUUGUAGACCUGCACAAGGCUGGGAUGGGCUACAGGAUAAUAGGCAAGCAGGUUGGUGAGAAGGCAACAACUGUUGGCGCAAUUAUUAGAAAAUGGAAGAAGUUCAAGAUGACGGUCAAUCACCCUCGGUCUGGGGCUCCAUGCAAGAUCUCACCUCGUGGGGCAUCAAUGAUCAUGAGGAAGGUGAGGGAUCCGCCCAGAACUACACGGCAGGACCUGGUCAAUGACCUGAAGAGAGCUGGGACCACAGUCUCAAAGAAAACCAUUAGUAACACACUACGCCGUCAUGGAUUAAAAUCCUGCAGCGCACGCAAGGUCGCCCUGCUCAAGCCAGCGCAUGUCCAGGCCCAUCUGAAGUUUGCCAAUGACCAUCUGGAUUAUCCAGAGGAGGAAUGGGAGAAGGUCAUGUGGUCUGAUGAGACAAAAAUAGAGCUUUUGGUCUAAACUCCACUCGCCGUGUUUGGAGGUAGAAGAAGGAUGAGUACAACCCCAAGAACACCAUCCCAACCGUGAAGCAUGGAGGUGGAAAAAUAAUUCUUUGGGGAUGCUUUUCUGCAAAGGGGACAGGACGACUGCACCGUAUUGAGGGGAGGAUGGAUGGGGCCAUGUAUCGCGAGAUCUUGGCCAUCAACCUCCUUCCCUCAGUAAGAAAAUUUGAAGAUGGGUCGUGGCUGGGUCUUCCAGCAUGACAACGACCCGAAACACACAGCCAGGGCAACUAAGGAGUGGCUCCGUAAAAAAAGCAUCUCAAGGUCCUGGAGUGGCCUAGCCAGUCUCCAGACCUGAACCCAAUAGAAAAUCUUUGGAGGGAGCUGAAAGUCCGUAUUGCCCAGCGACAGCCCCGAAACCUGAAGGAUCUGGAGAAGGUCUGUAUGGAGGAGUGGGCCAAAAUCCCUGCUGCAGUGUGUGCAAACCUGGUCAAGACCUACAGGAAACGUAUGAUCUCUGUAAUUGCAAACAAAGGUUUCUGUACCAAAUAUUAAGUUCUGCUUUUCUGAUGUAUCAAAUACUUAUGUCAUGCAAUAAAAUGCAAAUGAAUAACUUAAAAAUCAUACAAUGUGAUUUCUGGAUUUUUGUUUUAGAUUCCGUCUCUCACAGUUGAAGUGUACCUAUGAUAAAAAUUACAGACCUCUACAUGCUUUGUAAGUAGGAAAACCUGCAAAAUCGGCAGUGUAUCAAAUACUUGUUCUCCCCACUGUAGUUCCUUCAGUUGGUAUAGCCUACAUUAUCAUUCCAUUUAAUUACACUGUUAUUACACUGUUCUCCCUAUUAUCAUUAUAUGGACACUAAUCUUCCAACAGCACCAUGGGUUGAAGAACUGAAUGUGGCAAUUUUCAGAAUGAAUCAAACCACCGUUUUAUUUAUUUUUAUGCAUAAAGUCUCUUCAAACCAGUUUUAUGAUACAUAAUUACAUUCCUAACCUUAAAUAAUCUACAUGAUCAGAGUAUCUUUUUAUCUAACAAUUGGUGCUGAAACGGAGACGAAUAUGCAUAUAUUCCCUUAAGAAAGGGUACAUUUUAGUUUUUAUUCAUCAUAAUUUGUUAAACAAUACAAAACCUACACAAAGGACAACGUAAAAACGCACACAAACAUCCUCAACAUCACCCGUGCCCAGACCCUCACACCAACAUCACCCGUGCCCAGACCCAGACCCUCACACCAACAUCACCCGUGCCCAGACCCAGACCCUCACACCAACAUCACCCGUGCCCAGACCCAGACCCUCACACCAACAUCACCCGUGCCCAGACCCAGCUGCUCACACCAACAUCUCCAGCGCCCACAUCACUCUCCCCCAAACUGCCUCAAACUGCACCAGUAUAUUCUAGUGAGUCUGUCGACAAAAUUAUAACUAAAAGGUACACCGUAUUUAAAGGGAUGGCUUAAGAUAAAUGUACUGAAAGCCCCAUUGAAUGAAAACUCCAGGAGAAAAUCUGUUGGCCAGCAACUGGGAGGAUAUUCAGCGGUUGAAUUACAUUUAUUCAGAGCGCGCAAGGGAACCACGCCCGUUACACACCUUCAUAAAGUAAGUCUGAAUACCAACUACUGAGAAGUGCGCAGGAAAGGCGUGCUUAAGAAAGGUGUAAUUUCCUAAAUCGGAAUCAGGCCCUCGUUGCAUAAUAACUAUGUUGUUCCUUGUCAACAGGGUGAAGAGGUAUUUAAAUACCACGUCAUUCUUCAGGAACAGCUGUUCCCGGAUCAUCUGCGGGACGGGAUGGUGAAGAGCACGUUACUGGGGAAGGCCUAUCAGAUCAUGUUCCACCUGGGCAAGAACAAUGAGGUACGCUAUUCACUAUUUGGCAGUUGUUUGAUUGAUUUUUUUAAAUUAGUUAAUUGGUUUGAUUGAUUGGUUGAUUUUAUUUAUUUAAUAUUUUGUAACACCUGGGGUGUUUCCCAUACUACCCUGCUCCACACUCUCAUGCUCCAAGUGCAUUCUCCGAGGACGUUCUCUUGAGUACUAGCUAGUUAAACAGGCAAAAAUGACCUAAAGCUAAUGUUACGCAAGGUAGAUGUCAAUUCUUUAGCUAGCUAACAAAUCUUUGUGGCUAGCUACAGUAGCUAGCCAGUUAGCCCUGUUGACUUACUAUGGAGUAACCCAUUCACUGAACCUUCCUUCUUCUAGCCAGGUCAAUGGCAAUAGAGACGAAACAAGAUGUACACAAAGCAAACGUUUUACUUAAUAACUAUCAGCUAGCUAUAUGUGAAUCAUAAUAAUGUAGCUAACCAGAUAGUGUAACAGGCAAAAAUGACCUAAAACCAAUGUUAUCCAAGGUGUCAAUUCUUUGUGGGUAGCCAGCUAACAAUUCUUCGUGGCUAUCUGGCUAGCUAACAGUAGUAGCUCGCUAACAGUAGUAGCUAGCCAGUUAGCUCUAUUGACUUACUAUGGGCUCUCGACUGGCCUAUGUGCUCGUGGGACCCAUCCUCUGCUCGCUCGACUACGGUCAGCGCUCUCGACUGGCCUAUGUGCUCGUGGGACCCAUCCUCUGCUCGCUCGACUACGGUCAGCGCUCUCGACUGGCCUAUGUGCUCGUGGGACCCAUCCUCUGCUCGCUCGACUACGGUCAGAGCUCUCGACUGGCCUAUGUGCUCGUGGGACCCAUCCUCUGCUCGCUCGACUACGGUCAGCGCUCUCGACUGGCCUAUGUGCUCGUGGGACCCAUCCUCUGCUCGCUCGACUCAGUGUUUGUUUGCUCAAUUAUGUUUCAUUUAGCUCUACAGCACCAUCUCGCGAAUGAUAGAUUUUACAGAUCAAUUAUACGCAAUAUUCAUGGAUUAAAUGAAAUGGGGCAGUCGUUCUCCCCUGGGACGUCUGAAGGUUAUAGGGGCAGUCGUUGUCCCCUGGGACAUCUAAAGGUUAUAGGGGCAGUCGUUCUCCCCUGGGACGUCUGAAGGUUAUAGGGGCAGUCGUUGUCCCCUGGGACAUCUAAAGGUUAUAGGGGCAGUCGUUCUCCCCUGGGACGUCUGAAGGUUAUAGGGGCAGUCGUUGUCCCCUGGGACGUCUAAAGGUUAUAGGGGCAGUCGUUGUCCCCUGGGACGUCUAAAGGUUAUAGGGCACUACUUUUGACCAGAGCUCCAGGUUUUCAAAAAAUUCCCGGUUGGAAGAUUCCCAUAAUAAGGAGGGAAUCAGCAGGAAAUAUGGAAUCCUCCAACCAGGAUUUCAGGAAAACCUGGGAAUUUUGGGAAAGUUACAGGAAUUUUUGCAGCACUUAUUUUGGUUGUUAUCUGAACGUGUUUCAGACGUUGGCCAACGAUGUUCUGCUGGAUGGGAGCCACAGUGAGACGAGAUACGGGGUGGUCCUGGCUGUUCCCCAAGUCUUACAGGUCCAUAAGAACCGAUGCAGCCAAGACGUGGUCCUACGGGUCAGAGUAAGUGUGUGUGUGUGUGUGUGAUGUGAGUCAGUCAGUCAGCUUUACUGAUGGAUGGAGACAGGAGGGUCGUGAUGUGAUGUGGUGAACUAUGUCAUAUAGAAAUGUAUCAGUACAGUACAGUAUCUUACAGAGGAAUGUUUUCUCUUUCUGGGUGCGUGUGUGUAUUUUGUUCUUUUUCCAAGGGGAGGUGCUCAGCCUGUGAUGAAAAACCCAGAUGUUUUGUUAGCUACAAACCAGUAAGACUCUAAACAUUAAAACAUAAACAACCAACAUUUUCUAUCUCUCUUUUUAUCUUUAUUCAUUUAUUUCCAUUCACUGUUCCUGCUAUUAUAUCUUUAGCACUAUGAUGAUAUUAUAAUAAUUUGACCGAGUUUAGUUAUGAGUGCAUUGUAACCACCGGUCUUAAACGUUAUUCCAAAUGUGCAUUUCCCCCAUAUCCUUUAGUGUGGAGCUACAGUGGCUUGCGAAAGUAUUCACCCCCAUUAGUAUUUUUCCUAUUUUGUUGCCUUACAACCUGGAAUUAAAAUAUAUUUUUUUGGGGGGUUUGUAUCAUUUGAUUUACACAACAUGCCUACCACUUUGAAGACGCAAAAUAUGUUUUAUUGUGAAACAAACUAGAAAUAAGACCAAAAAAACAGAAAACUUGAGCGUGCAUAACUAUUUACACCUUUUGCAGCAAUUACAGCUCCAAGUCCCUUGGGGUAUGUCUCUAUAAGCUUGGCACAUCUAGCCACUGGGAUUUUUGCCCAUUCUUCAAGGCAAAACUGCUCCAGCUCCAUCAAGUUGCAUGGGUUCCGCUGGUGUACAGCAAUCUUUAAGUCAUACCACAGAUUCUCAAUUGGAUUGAGGUCUGGGCUUUGACUAGGACAUUCCAAGACAUUUAAAUGUUUCCCCUUAAACCACUCGAGUGUUGCUUUAGCAGUAUGCUUAGGGCCAUUGUCCUGCUGGAAGGUGAACCUCUGUCCCAGUCUCAAAUCUCUGGAAGACUGAAACAGGUUUCCCUCAAGAAUUUCCCUGUAUUUAGCGCCAUCUAUCAUUCCUUCAAUUCUGACCAGUUUCCCAGUCCCUGCCGAUGAAAAACAUCCCCACAGCAUGAUGCCGCCACCACCAUGCUUCACUGUGGGGAUGGUGUUCUCGGAGUGAUGAGAGGUGUUGGGUUUGCACCAGACAUAGCGUUUUCCUUGAUGGCCAAAAAGCUCAAUUUUAGUCUCAUCUGACCAGAGUACCUUCUUCCAUAUGUUUGGGGAGUCUCCCACAUGCCUUUUGGCGAACACCAAAUGUGUUUGCUUAUUUCUUUCUUUAAGCAAUGGCUUUUUUCUGGCCACUCUUCCGUAAAGCCCAGCUCUGUGGAGUGUACGGCUUAAAGUGGUCCUAUGGACAGAUAGUCCAAUCUCCACUGUGGAGCUUUGCAGCUCCUUCAGGGUUAUCUUUGGUCUCUUUGUUGCAUCUCUGAUUAAUGCCUUCCUUGCCUGGUCCAUGAGUUUUGGUGGGCGGCCCUCUCUUGGCAGGUUUGUUGUGGUGCCAUAUUCUUUCCAUUUUUAAAUAAUGGAUUUAAUGGUGCUCCGUGGGAUGUUCAAAGUUUCUGAUGUUUUUUUAUAACCCAACCCUGAUCUGUACUUCUCCACAACUUUGUCCCUGACCUGUUUGGAGAGCUCCUUGGUCUUCAUGGUGCCCCUUGCUUAGUGGUGCCCCUUGCUUAGUGGUGUUGCAGACUCUGGGGCCUUUCAGAACAGGUGUAUAUAUACUGAGAUCAUGUGACAGAUCAUGUGACACUUAAAUAAAGUCCACCUGUGUGCAAUCUAACUAAUUAUGUGACUUCUGAAGGUAAUUGGUUGCACCAGAUCUUAUUUAGGGGCUUCUAGCAAAGGGGGUGAAUACAUAUGCACGCACCACUUUAUUUUUUAGAUGUUAUUUUUUUCAUUCCACUUCACCAAUUUGGACUAUUUUGUGUAUGUCCAUUACAUGAAAUCCAAAUAAAAAUCCAUUUAAAUUACAGGUUGUAAUGCAACAAAAUAGGAAAAACGCCAAGGGGGAUGAAUACUUUUGCAAGGCACUGUACGUUGUGUCUCUGUUAAUUAUGUUGUCCUGCAAUGUAGGUCAUGAGUCAGUACCCUCCGAACAUGAGAUCUAACUGCAAGUACAGGAAGCGGGUGGGCUCUAGGAGGAAGUCCGUGGCGGGCUGCAUUAUUGAUUGUUUGAGGACGACACAGGUGAGAUAUCAUACAGGAGGAUUCUUUGGUUGAUUAUUGGUUGAUUGAUAAAUGUUAUUGUCCCUGAGAAUAAAUAGUUUUCCACAACUCACAAAUUUAACAUAUACAACAAACAACCCAGCCAAUACAGAUAAUAAAACCAGUUUAUCUUGUAUGAAUGAAUAUAGUCCCAUAGGGCUCUGGUCAAAAGUACUCACACUCUGACGAGCGCUGUCUGCUGUGUUGCAGGACCACACGUGCUGCUCGGGAUACUUUGGUCAUGACUGUUUUAAAUGCCCUGGGGAGCUGGACAACUGGUGCUCAGGGAACGGAAGGUACAGUACACAGGACUAGAAUGAGUAGAACGGCCGUCCCCACUCAUGUCAAUGAUGCCAUAAUAGGUGGACUGUCUGAUGGCCAUUUUGAAUGUACACAUGGGUUUUCCAGUCAAAUUGCCAGAGGUUAAUUGUGUUCAUUGUGUUUCUAUGGGCAGGUGUAUGGAUGGGAACCUGGGGACUGGGGAGUGUCUGUGCAACGAGGGUUUCCACGGGACAGUCUGUGAGACCUGCGAACCGGGACGCUACGGCAAGGACUGCAAGUCAGGUAUAUUAUAUAUACACUGUACACAGGCCUGAGCCUGGCUGACUGGCUGACUGGCUGGCUGGCUGGCUGGCUGGCUGACUGACUCACUGGCUGACUGACUGACUGGCUGGCUGACUGACUGGCUGGCUGGCUGGCUGGCAGGCUGGCUGGCUGACUGGCUGGCUGACUGACUCACUGACUGGCUGACUGACUGGCUGGCUGACUGGCUGACUGACUGGCUGGCUGACUGACUGACUGACUGACUGACUGACUGGCUGACUGACUGGCUGGCUGACUGACUGACUGACUGGCUGGCUGACUGACUGGCUGGCUGACUCACUGACUGGCUGGCUGACUCACUGGCUGGCUGACUGACUGACUGGCUGGCUGACUGACUGACUGGCUGACUCACUGACUGGCUGGCUGACUCACUGGCUGGCUGACUCACUGGCUGACUCACUGACUGACUGACUGGCUGACUGACUGGCUGGCUGACUCACUGACUGGCUGGUUGACUGACUGGCUGGCUGACUCACUGACUGGCUGACUGACUCAUUGACUGGCUGGCUGACUGACUGACUGGCUGGCUGACUCAUUGACUGGCUGGCUGACUGACUGGCUGGCUGACUCAUUGACUGGCUGGCUGACUGACUGACUGGCUGGCUGACUCAUUGACUGGCUGGCUGACUCACUGACUGGCUGGCUGACUCAUUGACUGGCUGGCUGACUGACUGACUGGCUGGCUGACUCAUUGACUGGCUGGCUGACUGACUGGCUGGCUGACUCAUUGACUGGCUGGCUGACUGACUGACUGGCUGGCUGACUCAUUGACUGGCUGGCUGACUCACUGACUGGCUGGCUGACUCAUUGACUGGCUGGCUGACUGACUGACUGGCUGGCUGACUCACUGACUGGCUGGCUGACUGCCUGGCUGACUGGGUCAUUGACUGACUGAUUAUAUGUUUUAGAUAAUAGAAAACACACAUACAACCACAAUAUCUAAGAAAUAGAAGUACAUGCAUUUACAAACUUUAGAGGGUAGAAUAUUAUUGGUGUUUAGGAUGUUGUUUUCUUUACUUUGACUAAUCAGAGUGCAGCUGUGCUAACUAUGCUAACUAUGUUACAACAACAUGUGUUUGACUGGUCAGAGUGCAGCUGUGCUAACUAUGCUAACUAUGUUACAACAACAUGUGUUUGACUGGUCAGAGUGCAGCUGUGCUAACUAUGCUAACUAUGCUAACUAUGUUACAACAACAUGUGUUUGCCUGGUCAGAGUGCAGCUGUGCUAACUAUGCUAACUAUGUUACAACAACAUGUGUUUGGCUGGUCAGAGUGCAGCUGUGCUAACUAUGCUAACUAUGUUACAACAACAUGUGUUUGACUGGUCAGAGUGCAGCUGUGCUAACUAUGCUAACUAUGUUACAACAACAUGUGUUUGACUGGUCAGAGUGCAGCUGUGCUAACUAUGCUAACUAUGCUAACUAUGUUACAACAACAUGUGUUUGCCUGGUCAGAGUGCAGCUGUGCUAACUAUGCUAACUAUGUUACAACAUCAUGUGUUUGCCUGGUCAGAGUGCAGCUGUGCUAACUAUGCUAACUAGGUUACAACAACAUGUGUUUGACUGGUCAGAGUGCAGCUGUGCUAACUAUGCUAACUAUGUUACAACAACAUGUGUUUGCCUGGUCAGAGUGCAGCUGUGCUAACUAUGCUAACUAUGUUACAACAUCAUGUGUUUGACUGGUCAGAGUGCAGCUGUGCUAACUAUGCUAACUAUGUUACAACAACAUGUGUUUGCCUGGUCAGAGUGCAGCUGUGCUAACUAUGCUAACUAUGUUACAACAUGUGUUUGCCUGGUCAGAGUGCAGCUGUGCUCAUGGGAAGUGUCUGGAUGGAGUGACAGGAAACGGGAGGUGUGUUUGCUACAAAGGCUGGAGAGGAGUCAACUGCUCCAAGGGUAUGUACUGUAGGCUUGUGUCCCAAAUGAUACCCUAUUCCCUAUGUAGUGCACUUCUUUUGACCAGGGACCAUAGGGUGGGAGAGGAGUCAACUACUCCAAGGGUAUGUACAGUACUGUAGGCCGAAGACCCUAAUGUUACCAUAUUCCCUAUGGGAGCUGGUCAAAAGUAGUGCACUAUAUAGGAAAUAGGGUGCCAUUUGGGAUAGAAAUGUGAUUCUGGGGUAAGAAACGUUCCGCUCACUCUCUCUCUCUCUUUCUCUCUCUGUAGAGAUCCUGUCUGACGCCUGUGGCGGAAUCUGUGAUGAAAAUGCAAAGUAAGUUCCAAAAUGGCACCCUAUUCCCUAUAUCAAUCACAUUUAUUUUAUAAAGCCCUUUUUAUAGCAGCAGUUGUCGCAAAGUGCCCCAAAGACCCCGAAGACAAAGCAACACAGCUGCAGAAACUCAGUGACUAGGAAAAACUUCCUAAAAAGGCGAGAACCUAGGAAGAAACCUAGAGAGGAACCAGGCUCCGAGGGGUGGCCAGUCCUCUUCUGGCUGUGCCGGGUGGAGAUUAUAAGAGAACAUGGGGGGAGGGGAGAGGAGUCAGGCCAGGAAAUCCUGAGGCAUGGUCCUAGGGCUCAGGUCCUCCGGGAGGAGGAGGAGGAGGGGGGCAGAGAGAGGGAGAGGAGAAUUAGAGGGAGCAUGCCUAAGAUCACUCUGGACAACAGAUAAGACAGGAGAAUUAGAGGUCACACUAUAUGUAGUGCACUACUUUUGACCAGAGGCUGAGUCAUUCAAUCAAAAGAUGAUUGAUGAUUGAUCUUGUGUGUGUGUGUUUCAGCUGUAAGCCCAGGGAGACUGAAACAGAGGGCCCUAGAUGCCAGUGUGUUGCAGGCUUCACGGGAAACGGAACCGUCUGCACAGGUCUCUAACAUUUUACUGUUGUAGAAGGACUAUUCUGAUUAUGGAUGUAUACAGUGCCUUCCGAAAUAAUUCAUACCCCUUGAUUUAUUCCACAUAUUGUUGUGUUACAGACAGAAUUCAAAAUGGAUUAAAGGGAUUUUUUCUCUCUCACCCAUCUACAAAAAUGAACCCAUAAUGACAAAGUGAAAACAUGUUUUUAGAAAUGUUUGCACAUUUUAUGAAAAUUAAAUACAGAAAUAUCUAAUUUGCAUACAGUACCAGUCAAAGGUUUGGACACACCUCCUCAUUCCAGUGUUUUUCUUUAUUUGUACUGUUUUCUACAUUGUAGAAUAAUAGUGAAGACAUAAAAACUAUGAAAUAACACAAAUGGAAUCAUGUAGUAACCAAAAAAGUCUUAAACAAAUCAAAAUAUAUUUUAUAUUUGAGAUUCUUCAAAGUAGCCACCCUUUGCCUUGAUGACAGCUUUGCACACUCUUGGCAUUCUCUCAACCAGCCUCAUGAGGUAGUCACCUGGAAUGCAUUUCAAUUAACAGGUGUGCCUUCUUAAAAGUUAAUUUGUGGAAUUUAUUUCCAUCUUAAUGCGUUUGAGCCGAUCAGUUGUGUUGUGACAAGUUAGGGGUGGUAUAUAGAAGAUAACCCUGUUAGGUAAAAGACCAAGUCCAUAUUAUGGCAAGAACAGCUCAAAUAAGCAAAGAGAAACAAAAGUCCAUCAUUACUUUAAGACAUGUAGAUUAGUCAAUACGGAACAUUUCAAGAACUUUGAAAGUUUCUUCAAGUGCAGUUGCAAAAACCAUCAAGCACUAUGAUGAAACUGGCUCUCAUGAGGACCGCCACAGGAAUGGAAGACCCAGAGUUACCUCUGCUGCAGAGGAUAAGUUCAUUAGAGUUACCAGCUAGAUAGGCCAGUGACAAAACAUCUACAUUUAAUCCAUUUUAAAUUCAAGCUGUAAUACAACAACAUAUGGAAAAAGUAAAGGGGUGUGAAUACUUUCUGAAGCCACUGUCCACAUUUUGUUAGGUUCCAGCCUUAUUCUAAAAUUGAAUAAAUAGUUUUUUCCCCUCAUCAAUCUACAAAUGAUACCUCAUAAUGACAAAGCAAAAACAGGUUUUUAGAAUUUUUUGCUGAAAUAUUACAUUUACAUAAGUAUUCAGACCAUUUACAUUUACAUUUUAGUCAUUUAGCAGACGCUCUUAUCCAGAGCGACUUACAGUUAGUGAGUGCAUACAUUGUCAUACUUUACUCAGUACUUUGUUGAAGCACCUUUGGCCGAGAUUACAUUCUUGAGUCUUCUUGGGUAUGACGCUACAAGCUUGGCACACCUGUAUUUGGGAAGUUUCUCCCAUUCUUCUCUGCAGAUCCUCUCAAGCUCUGUCAGGUUGGAUGGGGAGCGUUGCUGCACAGCUAUUUUCAGGUCUCUCCAGAGAUGUUCGAUCAGGUUCAAGUCCGGGCUCUGGCUGGGCUACUCAAGGACAUUCAGAGACUUGUUCCGAAGCCACUCCUGCGUUUUCUUGGCUGUGUGCUUAGGGUCGUUGUCCUGUUGGAAGGUGAACCUUCUCCCCCAGUCUGAGGUUCUGAGCGCUCUGGAGCAGGUUUUCAUCAAGGAUCUCUCUGUACUUUGCUCUGUUCAUCUUUCCCUCAAUCCUAACUAGUCUCCCAGUCGCUGCCACUGAAAACCAUCCCCACAGUAUGAUGCUGCCACCACCAUGCUUCACCGUAGGGAUGGUGCCAGGUUUCCUCCAGACGUGACGCUUGGCAUUCAGGCCAAAUAAUUAAAUAUUGGUUUCAUCAGACCUGAGAAUCUUGUUUAUCAUGGUCUGAGAGUCUUUAGGUGCCUUUUGGCAAACUCCAAGCGGGCUGUCAUGUGCCUUUUACUGAGGAGUGGCUUCCGUCUGGCCACUCUACCAUAAAGACCUGAUUGGUGGAGUGCUGCAGAUAUGAUUGUCCUUCUGGAAGGUUCUCCCAUCUCCACAGAGGAACUCUGGAGCUCUGUCAGAGGGACCAUCGGUUUCUUGGUCACCUCCCUGACCAAGGCCCUUCUCCCCCGAUUGCUCAGUUUGGCCGGAUGGCCAGCUCUAGGAAGAGUCUUGGUGGUUGCAAACUUCUUCCAUUUAAGAAUGAUUGAGGCCACUGUGUUCUUGGGGACCUUCAAUGCUGCAGAAAUGUUUUGGUACCCUUCCCCAGAUCUGUGCCUCGACACAAUCCUGUCGCGGAGCUCUACGGAUAAUUCCUUCGACCUCAUGCCUUGGUUUUUGCUCUGACAUGCACUGUCAACUGUGGGACCUUAUGUAGGCAGGUGUGUGCCUCAUGUCCAAUCAAUUGAAUUUACCACAGGUGGACUCCAAUCAAGUUGUAGAAACAUCUCAAGGAUGAUCAAUGGAAACAGCAUGCACCUGAGCUCAAUUUCGAGUCUCAUAGCAAAGGGUCUGAAUACUUGUGUAAAUAAGUUAUUUCUGUUUUUGAUUUUUAUAAAUUUGCUAAAAUUUCUAAAAACCUGUUUUCACUUUGUCAUUAUGGGGGUAUUGUUUGUAGAAUGCUGAGGAAAUUGUUUUAUUGAAUCCAUUUUAGAAUAAGGUUUUAACGUACCAAAAUGUUGAAAAAGUCAAGGGGUCUGAAUACUUUCCGAAGCCACUGUACAUAUACUGUAUAUACAAAUAUACACAUGAUUUUGUCCCAAUACAUUUGGUCACCAAAAAUGGGGGGACUAUUUCUGUAUAUGAGUCUGUUAUUUACUGUAUAUCUUAAAUAUUAGUAUAAACUGAGUGUACAAAACAUUAAGAACACCUUCCUAAUAUUAAGUUAACCUGUCUCCUCCCCUUCAUCUACACUGAUUUAAGUGGAUUUAACAGGUGACAUCAAUAAGGGAUCAUAGCUUUCACCUGGAUUCACCUGGUCAGUCUGUCAUGAAAAGAGCAGGUGUUCAUAAUGUUUUGUACACUCAGUAACUGCCAAAAUAAAGGAAAUACCAACAUAAAGUGUGUUAAUAGGGCGUUGGGCCACCACAAGCCAGAACCGCUUCAAUGCACCUUGGAAUAGAUUCUACAAGUGUCUGGAACUCUAUUGGAGGGAUGCGAUUCAAUUCUUCCACUAGAAAUUCCAUCAUUUUGUGUUUUGUUGAUGGUGGUGGAAAACACUGUCUCAGGCGUCGCUCCAGAGUCUCCCAUAAGUGUUCAAUUGGGUUGAGAUCAUCUGGUGACUGAGACGCACAAACACUCCCUUUAAACCCCCUACGCUCCUUUGAGGCCCCUCUUUCAAAGUCACUGAGAUCUCUUCUUCUAUGGUAGCCAAAAUAAUGGGCAACUGGGCAUGUUUUAUACAUGACCCUAAGCAUGAUGAUGUUUUAAUUGCUUAAUUAACUCAGGAACUACACCUGUGUGGAAGCACCUGCUUUCAAUAUACUUUGUAUCCCUCAUUUACUCAAGUGUUUCCUUUAUUUUGGCAGUUACAUUGAGGGGGGAAAAGUAUUUGAUCCCCUGCUGAUUUUGUACGUUUGCCCACUGACAAAGAAAUGAUCAGUCUAUAAUUUUAAUGGUAGGUUUAUUUGAACAGUGAGAGACAGAAUAACAACAACAAAAAUCCAGAAAAACGCAUGUCAAAAAUGUUAUAAAUUGAUUUGCAUUUUAAUGAGGGAAAUAAAUAUUCCUGUUGGUUCCUGUUGCGUCAUGCUGAUGGCAGAGUCAGGAUUUGGCGGAAGCAGCAUGAGUCCAUGGCCCCAUCCUGCCUGGUGUCAACGGUACCGGCUGGUGGCGGUGGUGUACUGGUGUGGGGAAUGUUUUCCUGGCACACGUUAGGUCCAAAUGUUCUGUAGGCAAAGGUUUUAUCGUGCCCACUUCACGACUGUCUUGGUGUGCUUGGACCAUGUUAGUUUGUUGGUGAUGUGGACACUAAGGAACUUGAAGCUCUCAACCUGCUCCACUACAGCCCCAUCGAUGAGAAUGGGGGCCUUUUCUUUUUCCUGUAGUCCACAAUCAUCUCCUUUGUCUUGAUCACGUUGAGGGAGAGGUUGUUGUCCUGGCACCACACGGCCAGGUCUCUGACCUCCUCCCUAUAGGCUGUCUCGUCGUUGUUGGUGAUCAGGCCUACCACUGUUGUAUCAUCGGCAAACUUAAUGGUGGUGUUGGAGUCAUGCUUGGCCACGCAGUCAUGGGUGAACAGGGAGUACAGGAGAGGACUAAGCACGCACCCCUGAGGGGCCCUUGUGUUGAGGGUCAGCGUGGCAGAUGUGUUGUUACCUACCCUUACCACCUGGGGGCGUCCCGUCAGGAAGUCCAGGAUCCAGUUGCAGAGGGAGGUGUUUAGUCCCAGGGUCCUUAGCUUAGUGAUGAGCUUUGAGGGCACUAUGGUGUUGAACGCUGAGCUGUAGUCAAUGAACAGCAUUCUCACGUAGGUGUUCCUUUUGUCCAGGUGUGAAAGGGCAGUGUGGAGUCCGAUUGAGAUUGCAUCAUCUGUGGAUCUGUUGGGGCGGUAUGCUAAUUGGAGUGGGUCUAGGGUUUCUGGGAUGAAGGUGUUGAUGUGAGCCAUGAGCAGCCUUUCAAAGCACUUCAUGGCUACAGACGUGAGUGCUACGGAUCUGUAGUCCUUUAGGCAGGUUACCUUGGUGUUCUUGGUCACAUGGACUAUGGUGGUCUGCUUGAAACAUGUAGGUAUUACAGACUCGGUCAGGGACAUUUUGAAAAUGUCAGUGAAGACACUUGCCAGUUGGCCAGCGCAUGCUCAGAGUACACGUCCUGGUAAUCCGUCUUGUGAAUGUUGACCUGUUUAAAGGUCUUACUCACAUCGGCUACGGAGAGCGUGAUCACACAGUCGUCCGGAACAGCUGGUGCUCUCAUGCAUGCUUCAGUGUUGCUUGCCUCGAUGCGUGCAUAGAAGUAAUUUAGCUCGACUGGUAGGCUCGCGUCACUGGGCAGCUCGCGGCUGUGCUUCCCUUUGUAGUCCGUAAUAGUUUGCAAGCCCUGCCACAUCCGACGAGCGUCGGAGCCGGUGUAGUAGGAUUCAAUCUUAGUGCUGUAUUGACUCUUUGCCUGUUUGAUGGUUCAUCGGAGGGCAUAACGGGAUUUCUUAUAAGCGUCCGGGUUAGAGUCCCGCUCCUUGAAAGCAGCAUCUCUACCCUUUAGCUCAGUGCGGAUAUUGCCUGUAAUCUAUGGCUUCUGGUUGGGGUAUGUACGUACGGUCACUGUGGGGGUCAACUAAACUGGUCAACUAAAUGGUAAACUAAAUUGGUAAACUAAUGUUCCGUAGAGGUGAACCUGUGUGCCACUGGGAACGGAGGCUGUGCUCAGGUUGCCAACUGCAUCAAGACGUUACCUGGGGAGAGGACCUGCACCUGUCCAGAAGGAUACACUGGAGACGGGCUGUGGUGUCUAGGUAUGGCGUGUGAUUGAUUGAUUGAUUGAUUGAUUGAGUGAUUGAAUUCAUUAAAUAAUUAAGAAUAAGAAUAAAUAAUUAAAAGUAGUAAUCUGCUCCAGCCGAAGACAUUACAUUACAUACAACAUUAUGGAGCCCGAAGCUUAGUCAGCAAGAUGGCAGGUGGGCAAGACGCUUUACACUCAAUGCAAUUAAACACAACAUUAUGGAGCCCGAAGCUUAGUCAGCAAGAUGGCAGGUGGGCAAGACGCUUUACACUCAAUGCAAUUAAACACAACAUUAUGGAGCCCGAAGCUUAGUCAGCAAGAUGGCAGGUGGGCAAGACGCUUUACACUCAAUGCAAUUAAACACAACAACACCAAUUACAAAAUAUUUACGACCAAUCAGCAGUGUGUCUCAGACCGGAGUUAAAAUACUAUAGUUUAUCUGGGCUUAACUGAGCUUCUCUGGCUUAAUGGGCCAAGAGAAUGGUCCCAAAACUGCAAAACCCAUCUGGAACUAGAUCAAAAGCAAAAAAAUUCUAAUAGUACUUGAACACAGGUCUGAUGUGUUUAAUCAACACUACUUCCUAACAACUCCACUACUUUAUGAACCAUUACUGGACGGAACUUCUACCAUACGUCCCAAAUGGCACCCUAUUCCCCCAUUGGGUCCUGGUCAAAUGUAGUGCACUAUAUAGGGAAAUGGGUUGCCAUUUGGGAUGCAUACUAACCGCUUCAAACCAGGACUCAACUACAGUUGUGAUGACAAGGCGUUUGUCUGCUCCGGUCUCAUUUCAAUAGAAAAUGGUUAUAUAGAGGAUAAAGAAAUGAAAUACAAACUAACAAAUCCUCUGGAACAACAACCUGUGGUCCUGUACUGCAGGUGGUUUGAGAUUUUAAUUAUUUACUUAUUUUUUAUAUAGAUCUUCUUGAUUUUGUAAAUAAAAAAUGUUAUUCCAAAAAUGAAAAAAGUUUGGAGUAUUAAUGGUAAUAUUAAUGGUAAUAUUAAUGGUAAUAUUAAUGGUAAUAUUAAUGGUAAUAUUAAUGGUAAUAUUAAUGGUGAUAUUAAUGGCAAUAUUAAUGGUAUUAUUAAUGGUAUUAUUAAUGGUAUUAUUAAUGGUAUUAUUAAUGGUAAUAUUAAUGGUAAUAUUAAUGGUAAUAUCAAUGGUAAUAUUAAUGGUAAUAUCAAUGGUAUUAUCAAUGGUAAUAUUAAUGGUAAUAUUAAUGGUAUUAUUAAUGGUAAUAUUAAUGGUAAUAUUAAUGGUAGUAUUAAUGGCAGUAUUAAUGGUGAUAUUAAUGGUGAUAUUAAUGGUAAUAUUAAUGGUAUUAUUAAUUGUAUUAUUAAUGGUAAUAUUAAUGGUAAUAUUAAUGGUAUUAUUAAUGGUAAUAUUAAUGGUAAUAUUAAUGGUAGUAUUCAUGGUAGUAUUCAUGGUAGUAUUCAUGGUAAUAUUAAUGGUAGUAUCAAUGGUAAUAUCAAUGGUAAUAUUAAUGGUAAUAUUAAUGGUAGUAUUAAUGAUGAUAUUAAUGGUAGUAUUAAUGGUAAUAUUAAUGGUACUAUUAAUGGUACUAUUAAUGGUACUAUUAAUGGUAACAUUAAUGGUAAUAUUGAUGGUAAUAUUAAUGGUAUUAUUAAUGGUAAUAUUAAUGGUAAUAUUAAUGGUAAUAUUAAUGGUAAUAUUAAUGGUAAUAUUAAUUGUAUUAUUAAUGGUAUUAUUAAUGGUAAUAUUAAUGGUAUUAUUAAUGGUAAUAUUAAUGGUAAUAUUAAUGGUUUUGUUGCAAUUUUACUUUGACAAAUUGUUUAUAAUCAUAAUAAUAACAAUAGGCCUUUACAUUUAUUUCAUUUCACUUAUUUAUUUAUUUAUUUAUACUUACAUUUACUGAUAACCUUGACUCUAAAUUUAACCGGCAAGAUGUUUUAUGUUAAAAAAUUCCAUGACUCUCGCGAAUGGUGGUCAAGAGCAUUUGACUGUGAUUUGGUCCCUAAAUGGAAAGGUUGGGAACCGCUGAUCUAAAAGGGAAUGACAAUGGGAUGUUUUUUUGUUUGUUGCAGAGAUAGACGGUUGUUUAGUAAACAACGGUGGAUGUUCCAGGAUCGCAGAGUGCAUCAAAACAGGACCGAACCAGGUAAGAUUACACUGAGUGUUAAAUGGUAUUCCCUAUUUUAGACAAGGCCCUGGUAGCAUUUGGGACACAGUCACUUUAUCAUUGCAAUAAACUGGCCUCCUCGCUGAAUAAAAUAGAAAUACAGGUCAGGUACGUCUGAGUAUUUGUGUUUGUAUUUAUUAUGGAGGCAGCAGCUACUCUUCCUGGGGUUUAUUAUGGAUCCCCAUUAGUUCCUGCCAAGGCAGCAGCUACUCUUCCUGGGGUUUAUUAUGGAUCCCCAUUAGUUCCUGCCAAGGCAGCAGCUACUCUUCCUGGGGUUUCUUAUGGAUCCCCAUUAGUUCCUGCCAAGGCAGCAGCUACUCUUCCUGGGGUUUAUUAUGGAUCCCCAUUAGUUCCUGCCAAGGCAGCAGCUACUCUUCCUGGGGUUUAUUAUGGAUCCCCAUUAGUUCCUGCCAAGGCAGCAGCUACUCUUCCUGGGGUUUAUUAUGGAUCCCCAUUAGUUCCUGCCAAGGCAGCAGCUACUCUUCCUGGGGUUUAUUAUGGAUCCCCAUUAGUUCCUGCCAAGGCAGCAGCUACUGUUCCUAGGGUCCAACCAAAAAUAACAUUAUUACACCACUACAUAUCUAAAAUACAACAUUUAUAAUACCUCCAUACAGUUGAAGUCAGAAGUUUACAUACACUUAGGAUGGAGUCAUUCAAACUCGUUUUUCAACCACUCCACAAAUGUCUUGUUAACAAACUAUAGUUUUGGCAAGUCAUUUUUCCAACAAUUGUUUACAGAAAGAUUAUUUCACUUAUAAUUCACUGUAUCACAAUUCCAGUGGGUCAGAAGUUUACAUACACUAAGUUGACUGUGCCUUUAAACAGCUUGGAAAAUUCCAGAAAAUUAUGUCAUGGCUUUAGAAGCUUCUGAUAGGCUAAUUGACAUCAUUUGAGUCAAUUGGAGGUGUACCUGUGGAUGUAUUUCAAGGCCUACCUUCAAACUCAGUGCCUCUUUGCUUGACAUCAUGGGAAAAUCUAAAGAAAUCAGCAAAGACCUCAGAAAAUAAAUGGUAGACCUCCACAAGUCUGGUUCAUCCUUGGGAGCAAUUUCCAAACGCCUGAAGGUACCACGUUCAUCUGUACAAACAAUAGUACGCAAGUAUAAACACCAUGGGACCACGCAGCCAUCAUACCGCUCAGGAAGGAGACGCAUUCUGUCUCCUAGAGAUGAACGUACUUUGGUGCAAAAAGUGCAAAUCAAUCCCAGAACAACAGCAAAGGAUCUUGUGAAGAUGCUGGAGGAAACGGGUACAAAAGUAUCUAUAUCCACAGUAAAACGAGUCCUAUAUCGACAUAACCUGAAAGGCCGCUCAGCAAGGAAGAAGCCACUGCUCCAAAACCGCCAUAAAAAAGCAAGACUACGGUUUGCAACUGCACAAGUACAAAGAUUGUACAUUUUGGAGAAAUGUCCUCUGGUCUGAUGAAGCAAAAAUAGAACUGUUUGGCCAUAAUGACCAUCGUUAUGUUUGGAGGAAAAAGGGGGUUUCUUGCAAGCCGAAGAACACCAUCCCAACUGUGAAGCACGGGGGUGGCAGCAUCAUGCUGUGGGGGUGCUUUGCUGCAGGAGGGACUGGUACACUUCACAAAAUAGAUGGCAUCAUGAGGAAGGAAAAUUAUGUGGAUAUAUUGAAGCAACAUCUCAAGACAUCAGUCAGGAAGUUAAAGCUGGAUCGCAAAUGGGUCUUCCAAAUGGACAAUGACCCCAAGCAUACUUCCAAAGUUGUGGCAAAAUGGCAUAAGGACAACAAAGUCAAGGUAUUGGAGUGGCCAUCACAAAGCCCUGACCUCAAUCCUAUAGAAAAUGUGUGGGCAGAACUGAAAAAGCGUUUGCGAGCAAGGACGCCGACAAACCUGACUCAGUUACACCAGCUCUGUCAGGAGGAAUGGGCCAAAAUUCACCCAACUUAUUGUGGGAAGCUUGUGGAAGGCUACCCAAAACAUUUGACCCAAGUUAAACAAUUUAAAGGCAAUGCUACCAAAUACUGAUUGAGUGUAUGUAAACUUCUGACCCACUGGGAAUGUGAUGAAAGAAAUAAAAGCUGAAAUAAAUCAUUCUCUCUACUAUUAUUCUGACAUUUCACAUUCUUAAAAUAAAGUGGUGAUCCUAACUGACCUAAGACAGGGAAUUUCUACUAGGAUUAAAUGUCAGGAAUUGUGAAAAACUGAGUUUAAAUGUAUUUGGCUAAGGUGUAUGUAAACUUCCGACUUCAACUAUACAUACGUAUGUGUAGAGUAUGUGUGCUGGCGUGUGUGUCUGCCUGUGUGUGUGUCUCCUCACAGUCCGCAUUGUUCCAUCAUUUGUAUUUUUAUCUUCUUCUUUUUUUAUCCAACAAAUAUGAAAAUGUAUGUGCUCACUAACUGUAAGUCGCUCUGGAUAAGAGCGUCUGCUAAAUGACUAAAAUGUAAAUGUAAAAGUCAUUCUCUCCUCUACUUUGAGCCAUGCAUGUGUAAUUGAUGUUAGCUCUCUGUGUACAUUUAAGGGACACCCGUGCUGCUCCGUUCUGGGCCAACUGUAAUUAGCCUAUGUCACUCUCUGUGGCACUUGACCAUAUGACUGGGCAGUAGUCCCAAAGAUUUUUAUAACUUACCCAAGAUAGACCAUAGCCUGUCAUUUCCAAUGGGAGCAAAUUAAUCAUAGUGGGCAGAACAAGCAAGGAGGUGGGCAGAGCCAAGGACGAGCUAGUGAGAUCCUAUUGGCGCGUUCUAAAAUGUAUUUGCAUAUUUCCAUUAGGGAACGCCUACUGUGUGAAGUGCACCUGUGCAAUAACUUAAUUCGCCACACUCUUUCUAAACAAUGCAAUUUAUAGAAACUUUGUCAAAGGGUAAAGUCUACAAAACGCAGUCCACUCUGUUUGUUACAGAUUCUAGUUUUGUAAACAUAAAACUGUAUGGAGAUCAAAUGUUUCAUUGAUGAGAAAAUUUGCAAAAUGUCGGCCAAAAUCCAUCUCACUCCAUCUUCUCCCACUGCCGGCCACUGGGCUUUCACUCAUCACCAUAUUUGGUAGUGAGUGGAAACGGCAACCGGAUGCUUCACAUUUAUACAUCUGGUGAAAUAUCAUUAUUCUAUAUGUGGUAGUCCAGGUGCAACAAAACUAGGGCCUGUAGGACCUGCCUUGUUGAUAAUGCUGUUAAGAAGGCAGAGCAGAGCUUUAUUAUGGACAGACUUCUCCCCAUCUUAGCUACUGUUGCAUCAAUAUGUUUUGACCAUGACAGUUUACAAUCCAGGGUUACUCCAAGCAGUUUAGUCAUCUCAACUUGUUCAAUUUCCACAUUACUCAUUACAAGAUUUAGUUGAGGUUUAGUGAAUCACUUGUCCCAAAUACAAUUGUUUAAGUUUUUGAAAUAUUUAAUACUUAUUACUUGCCACCCAUUCUGAAACUAACUGCAGCUCUUUAAGUGUUGCAGUCAUUUCAGUUGCUGUAGUAGCUGACGUGUUUUGUGUUGACUCAUCAGCGUACAUAGACACUGGCUUUACUCAGAACCAAAUCAUUAGUAAAGAUUGAAAAAAAAGUAAUGGGCCUAGACAGCUGCCCUGGGGAAUUCCUGAUUGUACCUGGAUUAUGUUGGAGUGGCUUCCAUUAAAGAACACCCUCUGUGUUCUGUUAGACAGGUAACUCUUUAUCCACAAUAUAGCAGGUGGAGUAAAGCCAUAACACAUACGUUUUUCCAGCAGCAGACUAUGAUCAAUAAUGUCUAACAAAACAGCUCCUUCUUCUUAUCAAUUUCUUUCAGACAAUCAUCAGUCAUUUGUAUAAGUGCCGUACAUGUUGAAUGCCCUUCCCUGUAAGCGUGCUGAAAGAUUUGUUUACUGUGAAAUAGCAUUGAAUCUGGUCAAACACAUAUGUUUUCAAAAGUUUACUAAUGGUUGGUAGUAGGCUGAUUGGUAAAGGGUGCUUUGCUAUUCUUGGGUAGCGGAAUUACUUUUGCUUCCCUCCAAGCCUGGGGGCACACACUUUCUAGUAGGCUUAAAUUGAAGAUACGGCAAAUAGGAGUGGCAAUAUAGUCUGCUAUUAUCCUCAGUAAUUUUCCAUUCAAGUUGUCAGACACCGGUGGCUUGACAUUGUUGAUAGACAACAGUAUAAUUUUCACCUCUUCCACACUCACUUUGCGGAAUUCAAAAUGACAAUUCUUGUCUUUCAUAAUUUGGUCAGUUAUACAUGGAUGUGUAGGUUCAGAAUUUGUUGUUAGCAUGUCAUGCCUAAGUUUGCUAAUCUUGCCAAUUAAAAAAUAAUUAAAGUAAUUAAAAAAUCAUUAAAAUAUCAGUGGGUUUUGCGAUGAAUGAGCCAUCUGAUUCAAUGAAUGAUGGAGCUGAGUUUGUCUUUUUGCCCAAAAUUUAAGGUGCUCCAAAGCUUUUUACUAUCAUUCCCAUUCCUUCAUUUAUCUUGUUUCAUAGGGUAGUUUCUUCUUAUUUUUGUUUAGUUUAGUCCCGUGAGUAACAAACUGUGCCACCUGUUUCAGGUUGCCUGUAACUGUUUAUCUGGCUACACUGGGAAUGGACUGUUCUGCUACCCGUUCAACCCCUGUCGGAUUGUGAGUACUGGUUCAUAGUGCACUACUUUAGACCAGAGAAUGGUACCCUAUUCCCUAUAUAGUGCACUACUUUAGACCAGAGAAUGGCACCCUAUUCCCUAUAUAGUGCACUACUUUAGACCAGAGAAUGGUACCCUAUUCCCUAUAUAGUGCACUACUUUAGACCAGAGAAUGGUACCCUAUUCCCUAUAUAGUGCACUACUUUAGACCAGAGAAUGGCACCCUAUUCCCUAUGUAGUGCACUACUUUAGACCAGAGAAUGGCACCCUAUUCCCUAUGUAGUGCACUACUUUAGACCAGAGAAUGGAACCCUAUUCCCUAUAUAGUGCACUACUUUAGACCAGAGAAUGGCACCCUAUUCCCUAUAUAGUGCACUACUUUAGACCAGAGAAUGGCACCCUAUUCCCUAUAUAGUGCACUACUUUAGACCAGAGAAUGGCACCCUAUUCCCUAUAUAGUGCACUACUUUAGACCAGAGAAUGGCACCCUAUUCCCUAUAUAGUGCACUACUUUAGACCAGAGAAUGGCACCCUAUUCCCUAUAUAGUGCACUACUUUAGACCAGAGAAUGGCACCCUAUUCCCUAUAUAGUGCACUACUUUAGACCAGAGAAUGGCACCCUAUUCCCUAUAUAGUGCACUACUUUAGACCAGGGAAUGGCACCCUAUUCCCUAUAUAGUGCACUACUUUAGACCAGAGAAUGGCACCCUAUUCCCUAUAUAGUGCACUACUUUAGACCAGAGAAUGGCACCCUAUUCCCUAUAUAGUGCACUACUUUAGACCAGAGAAUGGCACCCUAUUCCCUAUAUAGUGCACUACUUUAGACCAGAGAAUGACACCCUAUUCCCUAUAUAGUGCACUACUUUAGACCAGAGAAUGGCACCCUAUUCCCUAUAUAGUGCACUACUUUAGACCAGAGAAUGGCACCCUAUUCCCUAUAUAGUGCACUACUUUAGACCAGAGAAUGGCACCCUAUUCCCUAUAUAGUGCACUACUUUAGACCAGAGAAUGACACCCUAUUCCCUAUAUAGUGCACUACUUUAGACCAGAGAAUGGCACCCUAUUCCCUAUAUAGUGCACUACUUUAGACCAGAGAAUGGCACCCUAUUCCCUAUAUAGUGCACUACUUUAUACCAGAGAAUGGCACCCUAUUCCCUAUAUAGUGCACUACUUUAGACCAGAGAAUGGCACCCUAUUCCCUAUAUAGUGCACUACUUUAGACCAGGGCCCUAUAGGGAAUAGGGCGCCAUUUGGGACAUAGCCCUGGUGGUGUAUACUCUGUUAUGUUUCCAGGACAACGGGGGCUGUGGACGGUACGCCAGGUGUCGUUAUGUGGGCAACGGAGAGAGGAACUGCACCUGUACUGGGGGACACAUAGGAGACGGCUUUGACUGCCGUGGCAAGACCCGCAUGGUGAGUCAGUGGUGUGUGUGUGUGUGUGUGUGUGUGUGUGUGUGUGUGUGUGUGUGUGUGUGUGUGUGUGUCUGUGUGUGUGUCUGUGUGUGUAUCUGUGUGUGUAUGUGUGUGUGUGUGUGUCUGUGUGUGUGUCUGUGUGUGUGUGUGUGUGUGUCUGUGUGUGUGUCUGUGUGUGUGUCUGUGUGUGUAUCUGUGUGUGUCUGUGUGUGUGUGUAUCUGUGUGUGUGUGUGUGUGUGUGUGUGUGUCUGUGUGUGUCUGUGUGUGUAUCUGUGUGUGUGUGUGUGUGUGUGUGUGUGUCUGUGUGUCUCUGAAUUCAUUUUCCAAUGGAUAUUUGCAGGAGAUAUUUCGCCAGUCAGAUGCUGCGUUGUACCGUCGGAUAUUGAUGGUGAGUCAGUGUGUUGUUGUAGGAUGUCUAUGGUAAUGACAUUUCACUUCCCUAUGUGAUUAUUCAUGUUCUGCAUAUUUCUGAUGAGGCUAAUGCUUGUGGUUCCCCAGGUGUCUGAUGCAAGGAGUCUCUACGGUGAUGGGCCCUUCACUACAUUCAUACCUCCUGCAAACAGCAACUUCUCAGUAUGUCAAAGAUUAUACUUUUUUUUAAUGUUCAUGUGUGUGGGACGGGUCUGCGUAUGGGGACGGGUCUGCGUAUGGGGACGGGUCUGCGUAUGGGGACGGGUCUGCGUAUGGGGACGGGUCUGCGUAUGGGGACGGGUCUGCGUAUGGGGACGGGUCUGCGUAUGUGUGUGGGACGGGUCUGCGUAUGGGGACGGGUCUGCGUAUGGGGACGGGUCUGCGUAUGUGUGUGGGACGGGUCUGCGUAUGGGGACGGGUCUGCGUAUGGGGACGGGUCUGCGUAUGGGGACGGGUCUGCGUAUGUGUGUGGGACGGGUCUGCGUAUGGGGACGGGUCUGCGUAUGUGGACGGGUCUGCGUAUGGGGACGGGUCUGCGUAUGGGGACGGGUCUGCGUAUGGGGACGGGUCUGCGUAUGUGUGUGGGACGGGUCUGCGUAUGGGGACGGGUCUGCGUAUGGGGACGGGUCUGCGUAUGGGGACGGGUCUGCGUAUGGGGACGGGUCUGCGUAUGUGUGUGGGGACGGGUCUGCGUAUGGGGACGGGUCUGCGUAUGGGGACGGGUCUGUGUAUGUGUGUGGGACGGGUCUGUGUAUGUGUGUGGGACGGGUCUGCGUAUGUGUGUGGGACGGGUCUGCGUAUGUGUGUGCAUGCCCCCAAGCCAUAAGACUCCUGAACAUCUAAUCAAAUGGCUACCCAGACUAUUUGCAUUGUCCCCUCCCCUCUUUUACGCUGCAGCUACUCUAUGUAUCUAUGCAUAGUCACUUUAAUAACUCCACCUACAUGUACAUAUUACCUCAGUUACCUCGACUAACCGGUGCCCCCGCACAUUGACUCUGUACCGGUACCGCCUGUAUAUAGCCCCCAGCACAUUGACUCUGUACCGGUACCCCCUGUAUAUAGCCCCCAGCCCAUUGACUCUGUACCGGUACCCCCCUGUAUAUAGCCCCCAGCCCAUUGACUCUGUACCGGUACCGCCUGUAUAUAGCCCCCAGCCCAUUGACUCUGUACCGGUACCGCCUGUAUAUAGCCCCCAGCCCAUUGACUCUGUACCGGUACCCCCUGUAUAUAGCCCCCAGCCCAUUGACUCUGUACCGGUACCCCCUGUAUAUAGCCCCCAGCCCAUUGACUCUGUACCGGUACCCCCUGUAUAUAGCCCCCAGCCCAUUGACUCUGUACCGGUACCCCCUGUAUAUAGCCCCCAGCCCAUUGACUCUGUACCGGUACCGCCUUGUAUAUAGCCCCCAGCCCAUUGACUCUGUACCGGUACCGCCUGUAUAUAGCCCCCAGCCCAUUGACUCUGUACCGGUACCCCCUGUAUAUAGCCCCCAGCCCAUUGACUCUGUACCGGUACCCCCUGUAUAUAGCCCCCAGCCCAUUGACUCUGUACCGGUACCCCCUGUAUAUAGCCCCCAGCCCAUUGACUCUGUACCGGUACCCCCUGUAUAUAGCCCCCAGCCCAUUGACUCUGUACCGGUACCCCCUGUAUAUAGCCCCCAGCCCAUUGACUCUGUACCGGUACCGCCUGUAUAUAGCCCCCAGCCCAUUGACUCGGUACCGGUACCGCCUGUAUAUAGCCCCCAGCCCAUUGACUCGGUACCGGUACCCCCCUGUAUAUAGCCUCCCUGUUGUUAUUUUACUGCUGCUCUUUAAUAAUUUUUUAUUUAAAUUUUUUAGUAAUCUACUUUUUACUUAACACUUAUUUUUCUUAAAACUGCAUUGUUGGCUAUGGGCUUGUAAGUAAGCAUUUCACUGUAAGGUCUACACCUGUUGUAUUCAGCGCAUUUGACAAAUGCAAUUUUGAUUUGUUAGGGUGUGUGGAUAAGGAUGUGGGUUAGUCUCUGUAAACUCUCUCUCUCUCCAGAUAGAGACGUGGGAGUCACAUGGCCGCAGCCUAGACCUGGCCAACUACCACAUUGACUCUCUCUCUCUCCAGAUAGAGACGUGGGAGUCACAGGGCCGCAGCCUAGACCUGGCCAACUACCACAUUGACUCUCUCUCUCUCCAGAUAGAGACGUGGGAGUCACAUGGCCGCAGCCUAGACCUGGCCAACUACCACAUUGACUCUCUCUCUCUCUCCAGAUAGAGACGUGGGAGUCACAGGGCCGCAGCCUAGACCUGGCCAACUACCACAUUGACUCUCUCUCUCUCUCCAGAUAGAGACGUGGGAGUCACAUGGCCGCAGCCUAGACCUGGCCAACUACCACAUUGUGUCCUGUGAGACUCUGAUGCUCUCUGAUCUGAAGACCACCUUAAAAGCCGUUGCCGUCUCCGGACACCAGCUCACCUUCAGCCUCAAGGAGGUGAGUCCCAAAUGGUACCCUAUUCCCUUUAGAGUGCACUACUUUGGACUAUUUCUGUCUCGGGACAAGGCUUGCUUCUCCAAAGCCUACUUCUCCAAGGCCUACUUCUCCAAAGCCUACUUCUCCAAGGCCUACUUCUCCAAGGCCUACUUCUCCAAGGCUUACUUCUCCUAGGCCUACUUCUCCUAGGCCUACUUCUCCUAGGCCUACUUCUCCUAGGCCUACUUCUCCUAGGCCUACUUCUCCUAGGCCUACUUCUCCAAGGCCUACUUCUCCAAGGCCUACUUCUCCUAGGCCUACUUCUCCAAGGCCUACUUCUCCUAGGCCUACUUCUCCAAGGCUUACUAAUACUUACAACUUUUGACCAGACUAAAAGAGUUUGGCAUCAUACAAUUUGCGUGCCAGAGGAUCAGAGUGUUUCAUUCUUAAUUUUAGGACCCUUUUAGGUAUCAAAAAAAUAACUAAAAGUUUUUUGAUAAAAGAUUGAAUUAGUCCUUUACUACUAAAGCCCAUAGCAACACAUUGAAUAACACUUUCAUAAAUGGCAAAAAAGACAGUUAAAAAAUAUAUCAUAAGGAAUAAGGUUUUGAAGUGUCUGUCCUAAAUCUAGGAGAUAGAGAACAGCUCAGAGAGAACCCCGUCAUGUUCGUGAGAGCCUAAUCUCUCCAUAGAGGGGUCGUCUCAGAGAGAACCCCGUCAUGUUCGUGAGAGCCUAAUCUCUCCAUAGAGGGGUCGUCUCAGAGAGAACCCCGUCAUGUUCGUGAGAGCCUAAUCUCUCCAUAGAGGGGUCGUCUCAGAGAGAACCCCGUCAUGUUCGUGAGAGCCUAAUCUCUCCAUAGAGGGGUCGUCUCAGAGAGAACCCCGUCAUGUUCGUGAGAGCCUAAUCUCUCCAUAGAGGGGUCGUCUCAGAGAGAACCCCGUCAUGUUCGUGAGAGCCUAAUCUCUCCAUAGAGGGGUCGUCUCAGAGAGAACCCCGUCAUGUUCGUGAGAGCCUAAUCUCUCCAUAGAGGGGUCGUCUCAGAGAGAACCCCGUCAUGUUCGUGAGAGCCUAAUCUCUCCAUAGAGGGGUCGUCUCAGAGAGAACCCCGUCAUGUUCGUGAGAGCCUAAUCUCUCCAUAGAGGGGUCGUCUCAGAGAGAACCCCGUCAUGUUCGUGAGAGCCUAAUCUCUCCAUAGAGGGGUCGUCUCAGAGAGAACCCCGUCAUGUUCGUGAGAGCCUAAUCUCUCCAUAGAGGGGUCGUCUCAGAGAGAACCCCGUCAUGUUCGUGAGAGCCUAAUCUCUCCAUAGAGGGGUCGUCUCAGAGAGAACCCCGUCAUGUUCGUGAGAGCCUAAUCUCUCCAUAGAGGGGUCGUCUCAGAGAGAACCCCGUCAUGUUCGUGAGAGCCUAAUCUCUCCAUAGAGGGGUCGUCUCAGAGAGAACCCCGUCAUGUUCGUGAGAGCCUAAUCUCUCCAUAGAGGGGUCGUCUCAGAGAGAACCCCGUCAUGUUCGUGAGAGCCUAAUCUCUCCAUAGAGGGGUCGUCUCAGAGAGAACCCCGUCAUGUUCGUGAGAGCCUAAUCUCUCCAUAGAGGGGUCGUCUCAGAGAGAACCCCGUCAUGUUCGUGAGAGCCUAAUCUCUCCAUAGAGGGGUCGUCUCAGAGAGAACCCCGUCAUGUUCGUGAGAGCCUAAUCUCUCCAUAGAGGGGUCGUCUCAGAGAGAACCCCGUCAUGUUCGUGAGAGCCUAAUCUCUCCAUAGAGGGGUCGUCUCAGAGAGAACCCCGUCAUGUUCGUGAGAGCCUAAUCUCUCCAUAGAGGGGUCGUCUCAGAGAGAACCCCGUCAUGUUCGUGAGAGCCUAAUCUCUCCAUAGAGGGGUCGUAUUAGUUCAUAGGCCAAACCGUUUUCGUGAGAAGACAGAUUUCCCCGGGACGUCUCCUGGUCUGACAAACAGCGCUGUAGCUCUGUCACCAUCCACUGCAGAUGGAAGGCCGACAUCGGCGGAUUGAGACGCACCCAAUGUAAACAACAAAUAUCUCUAGCUUAAACUGACAGAUUUUGAUGCCCAUUUUUUUUUUAUUAUGUAAAUGUUUUAUUGGAACUCUCUUUGGCGUUGGUCUAUUAACUAAAACUCCAUCCAACCAAAAACAGGCUGAAAUUUCAGGCGGUCUUUUCAAACAGCUCUCACACUAAAAGGGCAUUUAAAAUCAUUUUCACAAUUUCACAGUAUUUUUCCAACCUCAUAGUGUGGAAAUGUAUAUAAAACACAGGAAAAUCACGUUUUUGACUGCAUUGGUACUUUAACUAAGUUUCUCUCUACCCACCCCCCCCCACCCCCCCUUUCAGGGUUUUGUGUACAUUAAUGAUGACGCUAGGAUCGUCUCCAGUGAUUUUGUUACAGCUGACGGUGUGAUUCACUACAUUGACAAGGUCCUCACCCCGUAUGUCCUGAAGGAUCAAAAGGACGUGCCAUCCAAGGUAGGCUAUCGCUGCCAAGUAAAUAUACUGUAUGCCAAGUAAAUAUACUGUAUGCCAAGUAAAUAUACUGUAUGCCAAGUAAAUAUACUGUAUGCCAAGUAAAUAUACUGUAUGCCAAGUAAAUAUACUGAAUGCCACUUUGCAGACGCUUUGAUCCAAAGCUUUUUUGUUUUGUUUUUUCCAAAGCUACUUACAGACAUAGCAUGCAUACGUUUUCCAUAUGGGUGGCCUCAGCGGGAAUCAAACCCAUGAUCCUGUCAUUGCAAGCGCCAUGCUGUCCCGUACUACGUAGGAGUUAGGGCGCUGCCAUUUGGGACGCAAUUCACAAUUUACUCCCCAAAUAAGUUGCAUUGAUUUGAAAAGCACUCGUGACUAGGGAUUCACAUUUUCCUCCGGGAAUAAUUCAUAUGUAUCCCAAGAGUCCCAGGAAAUACAGCAAAGCAUUUAAAACCAGGAUGGUCACUAUGCCAGGGUCCUCCCAGAAUAAGAGGGGAGCUGCGCCACCUUGUUGGCUUGGAUGCGCCACUAUGUAUUUCAGAGAAAAUUAAACUGAUAUUUAGUAAUGAUAGAGUAGCUAUCUGUGAUCGCCAAUGAAAUUGCGAAACAGGACGUUCAUAUAAUUCUGAGCGCCAUGUUCCUCAAUUAAUUCAGCGCAUUUCAGCAGUAGGCCAGGCCAUCUCGACACGGUCAGGACGCUCGGAGCGCUCAGGCUACGGCGUUCUCGAAUCAUACAAACUUUGAAAAUGGCAAAUGACCAAAGUUGCUAAACUUGCUCCUUCAACGAAUGACAGAAUAUCGCCUAUAUUUGGCAAAAUCAAGUUGAUGAUUAUACAGAAAGCUGAUCAGCCCAUGAGUAACGGGGAGGUGAAGAGUAUAUCUAUUUUUUUAUAUCAAGGUAUCUUAACGGGGACGAACUCUGUUUUUAAAAACAUCCAUAUCUACUCUCAUGCCGUUUGUUGAUCACACAUUCUCUUCCUAAACUCUAUAUAGGCAGCAAUACGAGACAGCAUAAAGAAGCGGGGUAAAUGUUAUAGUGGUAUUUUGAUAUGCAUAGGCGAGAUGUGCUUUGAUAAUGCAACCUAUGGAUUACAGAAUAAAGUUAGGAAUUGGGGUUUCAGUGGGAUUGGGGCUGGAUAGGAUAAUAGUCUAGGACCGGAGAAGAUAAAAUGUCCCAUCAUGCCUCUGAAUUGUUAACAGACUUCAUGUCUGUGACAGAGAUGUAUAUGUAGUGAAUUGUGCAUAGACCUAUCCAUGUUAAUCCCUAGACCUAUCACGGUUAUCCAUGUUAGUCCCUAGACCUAUCACGGUUAUCCAUGUUAAUCCCUAGACCUAUCACGGUUAUCCAUGUUAAUCCCUAGACCUAUCACGGUUAUCCAUGUUAAUCCCUAGACCUAUCACGGUUAUCCAUGUUAGUCCCUAGACCUAUCACGGUUAUCCAUGUUAAUCCCUAGACCUAUCACGGUUAUCCAUGUUAGUCCCUAGGCCUAUCACGGUUAUCCAUGUUAGUCCCUAGACCUAUCACGGUUAUCCAUGUUAGUCCCUAGACCUAUCACGGUUAUCCAUGUUAAUCCCUAGACCUAUCACGGUUAUCCAUGUUAAUCCCUAGACCUAUCACGGUUAUCCAUGUUAGUCCCUAGACCUAUCACGGUUAUCCAUGUUAAUCCCUAGGCCUAUCACGGUUAUCCAUGUUAAUCCCUAGACCGAUCACGGUUAUCCAUGUUAAUCCCUAGACCUAUCACGGUUAUCCAUGUUAAUCCCUAGACCUAUCACGGUUAUCCAUGUUAAUCCCUAGACCUAUCACGGUUAUCCAUGUUAAUCCCUAGACCUAUCACGGUUAUCCAUGUUAAUCCCUAGACCUAUCACGGUUAUCCAUGUUAAUCCCUAGACCUAUCACGGUUAUCCAUGUUAAUCCCUAGACCUAUCACGGUUAUCCAUGUUAGUCCCUAGACCUAUCACGGUUAUCCAUGUUAAUCCCUAGACCUAUCACGGUUAUCCAUGUUAAUCCCUAGGCCUAUCACGGUUAUCCAUGUUAAUCCCUAGACCUAUCACGGUUAUCCAUGUUAAUCCCUAGACCUAUCACGGUUAUACAUGUUAAUCCCUAGACCUAUCACGGUUAUCCAUGUUAAUCCCUAGACCUAUCACGGUUAUCCAUGUUAAUCCCUAGACCUAUCACGGUUAUCCAUGUUAAUCCCUAGACCUAUCACGGUUAUCCAUGUUAAUCCCUAGACCUAUCACGGUUAUCCAUGUUAAUCCCUAGACCUAUCACGGUUAUCCAUGUUAAUCCCUAGACCUAUCACGGUUAUCCAUGUUAAUCCCUAGACCUAUCACGGUUAUCCAUGUUAGUCCCUAGGCCUAUCACGGUUAUCCAUGUUAAUCCCUAGGCCUAUCACGGUUAUCCAUGUUAAUCCCUAGACCUAUCACGGUUAUCCAUGUUAAUCCCUAGACCUAUCACGGUUAUCCAUGUUAAUCCCUAGACCUAUCACGGUUAUCCAUGUUAAUCCCUAGACCUAUCACGGUUAUCCAUGUUAAUCCCUAGACCUAUCACGGUUAUCCAUGUUAGUCCCUAGACCUAUCACGGUUAUCCAUGUUAGUCCCUAGGCCUAUCACGGUUAUCCAUGUUAAUCCCUAGGCCUAUCACGGUUAUCCAUGUUAAUCCCUAGACCUAUCACGGUUAUCCAUGUUAGUCCCUAGGCCUAUCACGGUUAUCCAUGUUAGUCCCUAGGCCUAUCACGGUUAUCCAUGUUAGUCCCUAGGCCUAUCACGGUUAUCCAUGUUAAUCCCUAGACCUAUCACGGUUAUCCAUGUUAGUCCCUAGACCUAUCACGGUUAUCCAUGUUAAUCCCUAGACCUAUCACGGUUAUCCAUGUUAAUCCCUAGACCUAUCACGGUUAUCCAUGUUAAUCCCUACUCGUGACAUAUUUGUUUUCUUAUAUUUCAGCUUAAUUUCACUCAAGCAGGUGAACUAUAUGGAUACAUCAAGUUCAGCAAGCUGGUGCAGGUAAACAACAGUUAUGUGGCCGUUGGCUUACUCAAUCAUGUAGAAAGCUAAUACACAUUUCCUACCGUAUCAAUAACUUUAAAUACAGCAUGCUUUUAAUGGGGCAAAUCCCAAAAUGAUCAGGGGCAUUAACUCUCUUUGUUAUUGUUAUUAGGAUGCCAACAUGCUGAGCCUGGUAGAGAGCUCCAUCCAUCAGCCCUUGACCAUGUUGUGGCCGUCUGACGCUGCCCUCAGCUCUCUGUCCGAAGAGAGACAACGCUGGCUGUACAGCCUCGACCACAGGGACAAACUCACCGCCAUCAUCAAAGCUCACAUCAUACGCAACAUCAAGGUGAGGCUAUGGGGUGCAUCCCAAAUGUUUUUGAAUAGUUAUUGAUGUUGUUUUGAUAAUGAUGUUGGUGUUGAUAAUAAUGAUGUUGAUCUCUCGUGGUGCUGCAGAAGAUGACCUUUACGUCUUUCACUACCUACCGGACGAUGCACGGAUCAACCUUCACCUUCAGCUGUAACAAGAAAGUCGUUGUGAGUAGCUACUUCAACCUCAUUUACACGUCUCAAAUGGCACCCUGUCCCCUAUAUAGUGCACUACUUUAGACCAGAGAAUGGCACCCUAUUCCCUAUAUAGUGCACUACUUUAGACCAGAGAAUGGCACCCUAUUCCCUAUAUAGUGCACUACUUUAGACCAGAGAAUGGCACCCUAUUCCCUAUAUAGUGCACUACUUUAGACCAGAGAAUGGCACCCUAUUCCCUAUAUAGUGCACUACUUUAGACCAGAGAAUGGCACCCUAUUCCCUAUAUAGUGCACUACUUUAGACCAGAGAAUGGCACCCUAUUCCCUAUAUAGUGCACUACUUUAGACCAGAGAAUGGCACCCUAUUCCCUAUAUAGUGCACUACUUUAGACCAGAGAAUGGCCCCCUAUUCCCUAUAUAGUGCACUACUUUAGACUAGACAAUGGCACCCUAUUCCCUAUAUAGUGCACUACUUUAGACCAGAGAAUGACACCCUAUUCCCUAUAUAGUGCACUACUUUAGACCAGAGAAUGGCACCCUAUUCCCUAUAUAGUGCACUACUUUAGACCAGAGAAUGGCACCCUAUUCCCUAUAUAGUGCACUACUUUAGACCAGAGAAUGGCACCCUAUUCCCUAUAUAGUGCACUACUUUAGACCAGAGAAUGGCACCCUAUUCCCUAUAUAGUGCACUACUUUAGACCAGAGAAUGGCACCCUAUUCCCUAUAUAGUGCACUACUUUAGACCAGAGAAUGGCACCCUAUUCCCUAUAUAGUGCACUACUUUAGACCAGAGAAUGGCACCCUAUUCCCUAUAUAGUGCACUACUUUAGUCCAGAGAAUGGCACCCUAUUCCCCUAUAUAGUGCUACUACUUAGACGCAGAGUCAUGGCACCCUAUUCCUAUAUAGUGCACUACUUUAGACCAGAAUGGCACCUAUUCCUAUAAGUGCCACCUAUUUAGACCCAGAGAAUGACACCCUAUUCCCUAUAGUGCACUACUUUAGACCAGAGAAUGGCACCCAUUCCCUAAUAGUGCACUACUUUAGCAGAGUGGCACCCUAUUCCUAUAUAGUGCACUACUUUAGACCAGAGAAUGGCACCCUAUUCCCUAUAUAGUGCACUACUUUAGACCAGAGAAUGCAACCUUUCCCUAUAUAGUGCACUACUUUAGCCAGAUAUCCCUAUAUAGGCACUCUUUAGUCCGAGAUGGCACCCUAUUCCUAUAUAGUGCACUACUUAGACCAGAGAAUGGACACCCUUAUUCCACUAUAUAGUGACUACUUUAGACAGAGAAUGGGACCUAUUCCUAUAUAGUGAAUACUAGACCAGAGAAUGGCACCCUAUUCCCUAUAUAGUGCACUACUUUAGACCAAGCGAAUGGCACCCUGUUCCCUAUAUAGUGCACUACAUUUGGCCAAAGCCCAUAGAUGCACUAUAUAGGGAACAUAGUGCCAUUUGGGACACACUUUAUUUAUCCCCAAGGUUGCAAAUUAGAGGCUUGAGGAUUGAAAGAAAAGCCAGUUUAAGAUACAAGGAAGACCAUCUGCUCUGAACUACUGGGACUAGGGACUGGACUAGGGACUGGAGUAGGGACUGGACUAGGGACUAGGGACUGGACUAGGGACUGGACUAGGGACUGCAUGUUCCUCUAUCCACAAACUACUGGGACUAGGGACUGGACUAGGGACUGGACUAGGUACUGGACUAGGGACUGGACUAGGGACUGGACUAGGGACUGCAUGUUCCUCUAUCCACAAACUACUUGGACUAGGGACUGGACUAGGGACUGGACUAGGGACUGGACUAGGGACUGGACUAGGGACUGGACUAGGGACUGCAUGUUCCUCUAUCCCCAAACUACUGGGACUAGGGACUGCAUGUUCCUCUAUCCCCAAACUACUGGGACUAGGGACUGCAUGUUCCUCUAUCCCCAAACUACUGGGACUAGGGACUGCAUGUUCCUCUAUCCCCAAACUACUGGGACUAGGGACUGCAUGUUCCUCUAUCCACAAACUACUGGGACUAGGGACUGCAUGUUCCUCUAUCCCCAAACUACUGGGACUAGGGACUGCAUGUUCCUCUAUCCCCAAACUACUGGGACUAGGGACUGCAUGUUCCUCUAUCCCCAAACUACUGGGACUAAGGACUGCAUGUCCCUCUAUCCCCAAACUACUGGGACUAGGGACUGCAUGUUCCUCUAUCCCCAAACUACUGGGACUAGGGACUGCAUGUUCCUCUAUCCCCAAACUACUGGGACUAGGGACUGCAUGUUCCUCUAUCCACAAACUACUGGGACUAGGGACUGCAUGUUCCUCUAUCCACAAACUACUGGGACUAGGGACUGCAUGUUCCUCUAUCCCCAAACUACUGGGACUAGGGACUGGACUAGGGACUGGACUAGGGACUGCAUGUUCCUCUAUCCACAAACUACUGGGACUAGGGACUGCAUGUUCCUCUAUCCCCAAACUACUGGGACUAGGGACUGCAUGUCCCUCUAUCCCCAAACUACUGGGACUAGGGACUGCAUGUUCCUCUAUCCACAAACUACUGGGACUAGGGACUGCAUGUUCCUCUAUCCCCAAACUACUGGGACUAGGGACUGCAUGUUCCUCUAUCCCCAAACUACUGGGACUAGGGACUGCAUGUUCCUCUAUCCCCAAACUACUGGGACUAGGGACUGCAUGUUCCUCUAUCCCCAAACUACUGGGACUAGGGACUGCAUGUUCCUCUAUCCCCAAACUACUGGGACUAGGGACUGCAUGUUCCUCUAUCCCCAAACUACUGGGACUAGGGACUGCAUGUCCCUCUAUCCCCAAACUACUGGGACUAGGGACUGCAUGUUCCUCUAUCCCCAAACUACUGGGACUAGGGACUGGACUAGGGACUGGACUAGGGACUGCAUGUUCCUCUAUCCCCAAUCUCAUAUUUUCAUCUAGCCUCAGCCUGGUUCCAGAUCUGUUUGUGUUGUCUUGCCACGAGUGUGACUGACUAUAGGAGUUUGGAAGACGGCACAAACGGAUCUGGGACCAGGCUAGUUCUCAUCUUGUCUAUCCCCUUUCUCAUGUGUCUGUCAGGGGGACAUCAUGGUGAACGACAACAUGGCAAGGGUCCUGGAUCGUUUCAUGAUGUUUGACGGUGGCGUGGCGUACGGCAUCGACCAGCUACUGGAACCUCCCGGUCUGGGCGCACACUGUGACGGACUGGAGGACAGGACUUCAUACGUAAGAGACUUUAAUACCUUCAUAAUAUUAUUAUUUAUUUCUAAUAUAUCUGGAGAGUAUAUGUGGAAGGUUCUGGUACUCCAGCAGGAGACGUUUCUCCCACAGCAUGUGAUGUACUGGAUGGAGAAAUUAGAUGGCAUGGAAGUGUAUGUAUGAAAAGGGCUUACCAAGGAAAAACUUCCAGAAGGACUAAUUAGAUUAAUUUAUUUUAGCUCACUUUAAUCCAUUGUUCAGGAUGAGUGGGGUUGGCAGGUAGCCAAGCGGUUAAGAGCAUUGGGCCGGUUGCUGGUUCGAAUCCCCGAACCGACUAGAUACUUACUCUGGAUAAGAGCGUCUGCUAAAUGGCUAAAAUGUAAAAUGAGUAUACAGGUGACUGACAUUUCGACGUCAAGCUGACGUCUUCCUCAGUGACCUGACAAUUUAACUUGGUUCCAAUUUAUAGCCUAGUGGCCUACAGAGACACAUCAAUGGAACAAAAUGACGUGUCUCGUUGCUCAAUGGGCAAAAUAAAGUAAAUAGAUAGGGGAUAUAUGAAGGUCUGAAACUGGAGACACAAAGACCAAAAAAAUCAAGGCAACAACAUUAUAGAAACGAGGCAAAACCAUUGUUUAGCCCCUUUGGAUCCACAGGGUCUAAGGAGUACUGCCCCUUUAGAUCCACAGGGUCUAAGGAGUACUGCCCCUUAGGAUCCACAGUGUCUAAGGAGUACUGCCCCUUAGGAUCCACAGGGUCUAAGGAGUACUGUCCCGUAGGAUCCACAGGGUCUAAGGAGUACUGUCCCGUAGGAUCCACAGGGUCUAAGGAGUACUGUCCCGUAGGAUCCAGUGUCUAAGGAUUACUGUCCCAUAGGAUCCACAGUGUCUAAGGAGUACUGUCCCGUAGGAUCCAGUGUCUAAGGAUUACUGUCCCAUAGGAUCCACAGUCUAAGGAGUACUGUCCCGUAGGAUCCAGUGUCUAAGGAUUACUGUCCCGUAGGAUCCACAGUGUCUAAGGAGUACUGCCCCUUAGGAUCCACAGUGUCUAAGGAGUACUGCCCCUUAGGAUCCACAGUGUCUAAGGAGUUCUGUCCCGUAGUAUCCAGUGUCUAAGGAGUACUGUCCCGUAGUAUCCAGUGUCUAAGGAGUACUGUCCCGUAGUAUCCAGGGUCUAAGGAGUACUGUCCCGUAGGAUCCACAGUGUCUAAGGAGUACUGUCCCGUAGGAUCCACAGUGUCUAAGGAGUUCUGUCCCGUAGUAUCCAGUGUCUAAGGAGUACUGUCCCGUAGUAUCCAGUGUCUAAGGAGUACUGUCCCGUAGUAUCCAGGGUCUAAGGAGUACUGUCCCAUAGUAUCCACAGUCUAAGGAGUACUGUCCCGUAGGAUCCAGUGUCUAAGGAGUUCUGCCAAAAUGCCUCUCUUUGUUUUAGUUUACGUAUGUUGUCACCUCCUCUUGGUGACAUGUUGACGUGUUUUAUAGCUACAAAGUGCAAUUUUCCUGAGUCCCUCUUUGUGGCACCUGACCACAGGACUGAACAGUAGACCAGGUGCAACAAAACUAGGGCCUGUAGGACCUGCCUUGUUGAUAGUGCUGUUAAGAAGGUAGAGCAGUGCUUUAUUAUGGACAGACUUCUCCCCAUCUUAGCUAAUGUUGUAUCAAUAUGUUUUGACCAUGACAGUUUACAAUCCAGGGUUACUCCAAGCAGUUUAGUCACCUCAACUUUCUCAAUUUCCACAUUAUUCAUUACGAGAUGUAGUUGAGGUUUAGGGUUUAGUGAGUGAUUUGUCCCAAAUACAAUGCUUUUAGUUUUUGAAAUAUUUAGGACUAACUUAUUCCUUGCCACCCAUUCUGAAACUGGCUGCAGCUCUUUAAGUGUUGCAGUCAUUUCAGUCACUGUAGUAGCUGACGUGUAUAGUGUUGAGUCAUCCGCAUACAUGGACACUCUGGCUUUACUCAAAGCCAGUGGCAUGUUGUUAGUAAAGAUUUUAAAAAGUAUGGGGCCUAGACAGCUGCCCUGGGGAAUUCCUUAUUCUACCUGGAUUAUGUUGCAGAGGCUCCAUUAAAGAACCCCCUCUGUGUUAGACAGGUAACUCUCGAUCCACAAUAUAGCAGGGGGUGUAAAGCCAUUACACAUAUGUUUUCCCAGCAGCAGACUAUGAUCGAUAAUGUCAAAAGCCACACUGAAGUCUAACAAAACAGCCCCCACAAUCUUUUUAUCAUCAAUUUCUCAAUAUCAGUGGGUUUUGUGAUGAUUGAGCCAUCGGAUUCAAUGAAUGAUGGAGCUGUGUUUGCCUUUAGGACCAACAUUUCAUUGAAGGUGCUCCAAAGCUUUUUACUAUCAUUCUUUAUAUUAUUUAUCUUUGUUUCAUAGUUUAGUUUCUUCUUUUUAUUCAGUUUAGUCACAUGAGUUCUCAAUUUGUAGUACGUUUGCCAAUCGGUUUUGCAUCCAGACUUAUUUGCCAUUCCUUUUGCCUCAUCCCUCUCAACCAUACAAUUCUUGAAUUCCUCAUCAAUCCAAGGGGAUUUAACCGUUUUUACAGUCAUUUUCUUAUUAGUAACUGGAAUAAGCAAUUUCAUAAAUGUGUCAAGUGCUGCGUCUGGUUGCUCCUCAUUACACACCAUGGACCAACAUAUAUUCUUUACAUCAACAACAUAUUUAUUUAUUUUUAUUUAACCUUUAUUUAACCAGGUAAGCCAGUUGAGAACAAGUUCUCAUUUACAACUGCGACCUGGCCAAGAUAAAGCAAAGCAGUGCGAUAAAAACAACAACACAGAGUUACAUAUGGAAUAAACAAAACGUACAGUCAAAAAUACAACAGAAAAUAUAUAUACAGUGUGUGCGAAUGUAGUAAAUUAUGGAGGUACAGCAAUAAAUAGGCCAUAGUGCAAAAUAAUUACAAUUUCGUAUUAACACUGGAAUGAUAGAUGUGCAAAUAGAGAUACUGGGGUGCAAAUGAGCAAAAUAAAUAACAAUAUGGGGAUGAGGUAGUUGGGUGGGCUAAUUUCAGAUGGGCUGUGUACAGGUGCAGUGAUCGGUAAGGUGCUCUGACAACUGAUGCUUAAAGUUAGUGAGGGAGAUAAGAGUCUCCAGCUUCAGAGAUUUUUGCAGUUCGUUCCAGUUAUUGGCAGCAGAGAACUGGAAGGAAUGACGGCCAAAGGAGGUGUUGGCUUUGGGGAUGACCAGUGAGAUAUACCUGCUGGAGCGCAGACUACGGGUGGGUGUUGCUAUGGUGACCAAUGAUCUAAGAUGAAGCAGGGAUUUGCCUAGCAGUGAUUUAUAGAUGGCCUGGAGCCAGUGGGUUUGGCGACGAAUAUGUAGUGAGGGCCAGCCAACAAGAGCGUACAGGUCACAGUGGUGGGUAGUAUAUGGGGCUUUGGAGACAAAACGGAUGGCACUGUAAUAGACUACAUCCAAUUUUCUGAGUAGAGUGUUGGAGGCUAUUUUGUAAAUGACAUCGCCGAAGUCAAGGAUCGGUAGGAUAGUCAGUUUUACGAGGGCAUGUUUGGCAGCAUGAGUGAAGGAGGCUUUGUUGCGAAAUAGGAAGCAGAUUCUAGAUUUAAUUUUGGAUUGGAAAUUCUUAAUAUGAGUCUGGAAGAAGAGUUUACAGUCUAACCAGACACCUAGGUAUUUGAAUCACAACAAAACGUAUUGUAUGACCUGUGUGUGUCGUUAGAGUCGAUGUGGAAACUGCUUGAGUCCCCGCAACUGUCCCCCAGGAACUGAAGAUACGGUGAGCUGACACACACACGGACACACGCACACACACAGACACACACACAGACACACACACAGACACACACACACAGACACACACACACACACACACACACACGCACGCUAACCAUUACACACCAUCUCCUGCCUUUCACAGGGCAAGACUGA